UCACGUUAAUCACCAUGUGCAAUUAUAUAAUAAAAGGACAAUAUCUUAAAAAGUUCUUUCACUUUGAUAUACAGAACAAAACGCAGCACCAUGUUCGUUAUUCUUCUUUGCGCGUGCAUUGUUUACGCCAACGCAGCUCCAUCUGUAUCUAAAGGUCCUUGCCACUUUGAUGGGUUCGCAUAUGCAGCGGGUGAGACUAUAUUGUUGAAGGGUUGUCUGGGCACCAUCGAAUGCCUUGGUGACGAAAGUUAUGGAAACAUGAAGGAGCUCGAUGGAAUUUGCCCAGAUAAACAAGCAAGAGAGGUGGACGGACAAACUGGAUGUCUGUUUGAUGGCCGUGUGUAUUCUGCUGGACAAACUAUUAUUGUAGGAAAAUGUGAAGCUCAAUUAACUUGUCUAGGAUAUAACAGUUAUUCCGAGAAAACAAUGCUAGGCGGAGUUUGCCCAGAAAAACAAGCAAGAGAAGUGGAUGGACAAACUGGAUGUCUGUUUGAUGGCCGUGUGUAUGCUGCUGGACAAACUAUUAUUAUAGGAAAAUGUGAAGCUCAAUUAACUUGUCUAGGAUAUAACAGUUAUUCCGAGAAAACAAUGCUAGGUGGAGUUUGCCCAGACAAACAGACAAGAGAUGUGGACGGACAAACUGGAUGUCUGUUUGAUGGCCGUGUGUAUGCUGCUGGACAAACUAUUAUUAUAGGAAAAUGUGAGGCUCAAUUAACUUGUCUAGGUUACAACAGUUAUUCCGAGAAAACAAUGCUAGGCGGAGUUUGUCCAGAUCAGCAAACAAGAGAUGUGGAUGGACAAACUGGAUGUCUGUUUGAUGGCCGUGUGUAUGCUACUGGACAAACUAUUAUUAUAGGAAAUUGUGAAGCUAAAUUAACAUGCCUAGGAUAUAACAACUAUUCCGAGAAAACAAUGCUAGGUGGAGAUUGCUCGGAAAAACAAUCAAGAGAUGUAAACGGACAAACUGGAUGUCUGUUUGAUGGCCGUGUGUACGCUGCUGGACAAACUAUUAUUAUUGGAAAUUGUGAAGCUAAAUUAACAUGCCUAGGAUAUAACAAUUAUUCAGAGAAAACCAUGCUAGGAGGUCAGUGCUAACUGGGGAACUACAAAACACUAAAACUUCAUGUCAUAUAUUGUUUUAUUCAUAACUUGUUAUCCUAUAUGUAAUAAAUAAAUUCAUUUUUAUACAGAAAAACAGGCGCUUUGUUUUCUCUUUUUUGCUCAUAAUAUUAUACAAUAACUAAUGAAAAAUAACAACAAGGUAAAACAAUUACAACAAAUAAAACUUUAUAAGAAAACUAGAUGAAUUUUGCAAUCAAAGAUAACAAAAAAAACCCUCACAAAACAAGAGCUGCCUUUCGGACAGUUUGCUCUACUAUUCUCAGUGUUUAACAAGAGCCUGGAAUAAUCCAAGUUCACUAACUUAAAGCAAAUAAUUGGUGUAAAAUCA